AUGUCUCUAACAACAAGAUCGGCACCUACCCCAGCAGAUUCAGAAUAUCCCUAUCACCUCGUGUAUCACGACCCUAACUCGGAGUAUCGGCGCCACGUGAAUAGGUCACAGCCGAAAGUUGGAUCUUUGGAUAACGUUGAUCAUCAGCCUGGAGGAGGGAAUAUAAAGGUUGCUAAUAUACCUCCAAGAUGGGACACAACGGCCAAGGUUGGGUCAUUGGAAAAAUCAAAUCACGAACCUGGGGGUGGAAAUGUGAAAAUAUAUCAUGACUAUAGUUCAGAAUACAGGAAGAGGACAACACGUGCUCAACCAAAAGUAGGUUCUCUCGAGAAGGUGGCGUAUGUUCCUGGUGGUGGUAACGUUCGGGUUGCAGACAUUCGGGAAAAGUAUGAUGUAACUCCACGGAUUGAAGCGAGGAAUGUUGGAUACACGCCGCGGGGUGGUGAAAAAGUGAUCUACCAUGACUACGAUGCACAGUACAAUAAACACACACGGAGAGCGCAGCCGAUGGUUGGUUCAUUAGAUAGGGUCAACUAUGUGCCAGGAGGCGGAAACACGAGAGUGUACAAGGAGAAGUUGCAGUGGAACAGUUUGCCAAAGAUUGGGUCUUUGGAUAAUGCGCACCAUAGACCUGGUGGAGGAACAAAACAGGUUUAUUCCGAUCGGCCCCGCUGGGCGUCGGAUUCCAAAAUCGGCUCCUUGGAUAAUGCUCAUCAUCAGCCUCAAGGAGGCAAUGUGAAGAUAUACAAUGACAAUCCAGAAUGGAAUACCACAUCAAAGAUUGGAUCGUUCGACAAUAUCAAUUACAGGCCUGGCUACGGAUAUAUUUUCAAGGAGAAAAAAUACGAGAAAAAUGGCGUUGAUUAUGAUAAGGGUCUAUACAAGAGAAAACGCUGGUGGGAGGACUCAAUGAGAAGUAUCCCUCAUAAUAUUAGAGAGUUAGAGAAACGAAACCUGUCCAGAUAACACGUCCGCGAAAGACAUCAUGACUUGUAUUAAAAGCGCCCAUGAAUACUGGCAAUUAUUGACUUAAAACUUGCCCCAAAACAAGUGACUUUGGUCCUAUUUUAUGACUUUAAACAUAUCACAUGUCUAAAUGACUAAUUACACUGAACAACUAAAAUGAUUUACCUUAAAAAGACUUUGGAUGAAAACAACAUCUUAAAAAUCUAUAAAGUCCUUUGUACAUUUUUAUCGACCUAAUAGGUAUUGACUUAAUUGGAUAGCCAAUCUUUGGGAAAGUUGAGCACUUCUGUACAUAGCCUCUUUUGAACUAUCUUUUUGGAGUCCUUGGAACUUGUAUUUCGAAAUCUGUCAAUACAAACUUGUUGCCAGUGACAUGGGAUUUUUUCUCUCCACAUUUACCUGUCUUUACUAUUGCAAGGUACCAAGAUCAUCAGCCUUGCUCCGAAGACAAUGCCACGUUCUUACCAGGAGAUUUAUUACGAGAAUAAGGAAAAAAUAUAUGACUUGGAUCUAUCCAGCCGCUGGAAGUGUUAAUUCUAUUCUGGA